GAAAGUUGAUGGCGAGAGCAACGGCGCCGGCGAGUGAGCAUUACGUGCUUCCCGAUGGCUAUUGGGCUAUUUUGUAUGCCUCCAGCGUGUUUGUGUUUACGGGUAAGUACAUAUUUAUUUACGGCCAAUCUUCCGGGCUGUUAAUAUGGUAAAUAGUUACAUUUAAGGCACAAUUUAGCACUGGCUUUUCGCUAAUAUCAAUUAUUAGGUGAAAUUAAAUAAAUUGUAUUCUACAUUUAAGUGAAUUUACUUGCAAGGCAAGUCUGUUAUUAAGUUAGGAUGUUCGCUUAGCUCUCUAUAAUUUAUAUAAAAUAUCAAUAGAUAUAUGUACUCAACGAGUAGAAGAACAUGUGGCUAUUUAUUUCAAUUUUCUCAAUUCGCAUUUAAGACGAAAACAAAGUCACCAAGUGUACGUGCCCGGCAUGUCCAACGACUGGCACUGGUUGGCCGCAAACUUUGCCCAACAACAACAACAACAACAAGAACAGCAAGUAUAUGGCACAGCUGCUGGGCGAGCGGGCGGACGGUGUGGGUGUUUGGGGGCGGAAUGUAAAGCGAUUUUGGGUCUGACUCUGUGACCAUCAUUGCGGUCAACGGGCAGGUUUAAGGUGUAGCGAACGAUGUCCGCCUUUUGGCCUCAACGUUGACACGAUGACCACGACUGAGGCGCUGGACAAAGCAAUCAACCACACAUCCACACCAACACACACACACAUACACCCACACUAACACACACAUACACAAUCGCACACUCACACGAAAUUACAUUUCCGGCUUGGGCAGCAUUGCGGAAGCAGCGCGUCGAUUUGAACGCUUCAGGGCUAAAAUUAUGACAGGUGCCUGGGAUUGGGUACGGAGAACCGGGCGUCCCCACUAGGAAUUGCUGAGCAGCUAUAAAUACGCGCGGUCGGAAAAUGUCAGCGCUUAGUAGCACAGUCCAAUAGUGAGUCAAACAAGCAGAGCAGCAAAUAUGUGGCAAGGAUUCGGCAUUUACAUGGCAUUGUUGUUGUGCCUGGCAAGCGCACAAGCGGCUAUCAUACGGAGCGAUCAGCAACAGGAGACAACCAGAAUAUUGGACGGGCUGGCAGAGGCUGCCAGCACUACGGUGACACCAGAAGAAAGCACCACGCACAAAGCCGCGCUGAACCGCGUUGCACUGAGCCGCGACCAGGAUGCCAGCGUGCAAAUUGGAUUGGCCAGUUUAAAUCCUGCGCCGAGCACCAUCGAGGGCGACCUGAUUGUGGUUGGAGGCAAGCCACCAAUGAAGUCGGCUAAGCUGUUGCUGCUGAGCACGCCAGCCAAGCGGCCGGCAGAGGUGGAACAACAGCUUGAGGAGCAGGACGAGAGCGACACAGUCGCCGCCGCGGGCAGCGGUGAGAGCGGGGUCCCAACCACAACGCUAAGCUAUAUGAACGAGCUGGAGGGUACCACCACUGCCGAGAAUAGUGAAUCUACAACAACGGCAACCACAAUUGAGAGCAGCGACCGCCAGACAACAAAACUCUUUCCCAUCAAUGCGACAAUAUCCUCGCAGGACUCGUCUGAGCCCAAUGUGGCCAUCGCCCUGGCCACGGACAAUGCCACAAUUGCGAUUGCCGAACAGCCGCAGGCAGCUGGUGACAACAAUGUGGCCAUUCAGCUGGCCCUUGUCGAGCCCGAGGCGGAAUACGUGCUGGUCGAUGUCAAUGCUGGCCUGCAGCUGGCAUCCCCAGCAUCAACAGCAUCAACAGCCACACAUGACGAACUGCAGCUGGGCAGCUUCACGCACAUCGACAGCGAUGCCCACUUGCAGCCUGUGGUCCAUUCCGUAGAAAUUGUGCCCACCCGUUUCGAUGAUCCCCUGAUUGUUAACUUUGUGCACAAUUUGCGCUGAUUUUCGCACCAGAAAGCACUUUGGAGCGGUUUCAAGUUAAAGUUUGUUUUUAUGCUAAAUACGACUAUCGAAAAUAACAAAUUACGAUUUAAAGCUUAGACUUAAGACAUAAAAGACAGAAUAAAAUAAAAAUAUAUAUGCAUAUAAAAGCACGGUGAAAGCAACAUUUACACAA